AUGGCCAGAAGUCCAGCUCGUCGACUACUGUUAAUCUUCCUCGCCAUCAUCUAUCACAUCUCCACCAUUCUCGCAAAGCCCGUCCAAUACUGCAAAUUCGGAUACGACAAAAACCCCAGAGAUGCCGAAGUCGACUUUUGCAUGGGUGUCGCCAUGCACCAGAAUCGGUCUUCCGAUGCCUACGACAUGUACCUCAGCAUGACCGUCACGCGAGAUUCAGAUCUCGGUUGGACCGCAAUCGGCACGGGUCCCGUCAUGGCAGGCUCGCUGAUGGUGAUUGUCUAUGGGGAUCCCAAUUCGAAGGAGCCUCCGACUGUCAGCGUGAGGACGGUGGAGGGGCAUCGUCAGCCCAAACUGCUAACCAACGAGACCGCUGGUGGUACAGACAUUCGUAUCCUCGACGCAAGUUGGCAGCCCGUUUCUCACGACGACUCUCCGUCCUCUUCACCGACCUUUCUGGCCAAGGUUGCCCUCGUCUGCUAUUCCUGUACGUCCUGGCCGGGAAUUGGAGAUCAUCCCAUCUCGGCAACGGCGACCUCGCUCCCAUGGCUCUGGGCAUGGAACGAUAACCAGCAGCUCGCGAACUUCUCGAGCGACCUGCACCUCAAAAUGCACAAGCACCACUCCCGAGACGGCGGAUGGGGAAAUUUCUAUGUCGACAUGUCGCGAUCCGUCGAUACCGCCGAGAAGCCGCCCUCCCCUCCAUCUAUUCAACCUGGCGUUCGGACGAUAGGUACGACCGAUAAAUCAUCGACUGCUUUCAAAUGGCCUCGUCUCGGGCCUGUCGCUCAGGCGCAUGGCUGGUUAAUGGGGCUCGCAUUCCUGUUAUUCUUCCCCGGCGGCGUAAUCGCCAUGCGGUCCCAUUCCAGCCGAGCGUUCCAAUACCACUGGAUGAUCCAACUCGUCGCCUCCCUCUGCGUCGCCGUCGGCGCCAUCCUUGGUAUCGUCAUGAGCCGUACCUUCAGAUCCCCUCACCAGAUCGCUGGACUGGUGGUGUCACUCACCCUCGGCAUCCAAGGCGUUCUCGGCUGGCGACACCAUAUGGCCUUUCUACGCAUCAAGCACCGGACCUGGAUCUCACAUACCCACAUCUGGGCCGGACGGCUGAUUCUGAUCGUUGGAUGGGUGAACGUCAUCAGCGGCAUGCUCUUGGCCAGGUUCGGCUGGUUCUGGAUUCUUCUGAUGUCCGUUGUCCUGGUGGGCGUGGUAGUCGGCCUGGUCUUCUGGGUUCGGGCUUCCACGAAACGGAAACAGCAUAAGGGCCGCGAAGGGUAUGAUGAAUCGGAAGACGCCCUCAUGCCCUGGAAAGCAGACCAGGAAGGCGAGUAUUUUGUUCUCGGCGACGAGGAAGAGGAAUUCAUGCCCGAUGAUGUGGAGCUGAGCGACAUGGGUGAUCCGGGUCAUGCGAGAAAUAGGAGUGGUCCGUAUGAUCCUAUCCUGCGCAAGGGGGAGGAGAGUUAA